UAGCUGCGGCUAGCUGCGGCUAGCCUCAGUAGCCGGGACCCCGUUUGUUUACGUCGGCCGUGCGACGCCGUCGUUUUAUAACUACAACCGAAACGCAUCGCUGGUCGCGUGCGGCCCUUUCUGUAUUCGUCGUUGUUAGUGGUGCGUGUUCCAGUCUGAACCAUGGAGCAGUGCGCCUGUGUGGAGCGGGAGCUGGAGAAGGUGCUCCAUCGCUUCGUGAUGUACGGCCACCAGUCGGAGGAGCGGCUGGACGAGCUCCUGCGCAGCGUCUGCGAGAUCCGAGGACAGCUGGUGGCUUUUGGUGUGCAAGAUGCAGACCUAUCAGUCCUGUCCCAGACGAUGGCGCAGUGUUGUAAGAACAUCAAAGAAACAGUGCAGAUGCUGGCCUCCCGACAUAAGGACAUCCACGGCAGCGUGUCCAAAGUGGGCAAAGCCAUCGACAGGAACUUUGAUGCAGAGGUCAGCGCCGUGGUGGCAGAGACGGUGUGGGACACCCCGGAGAGACAGAAAUAUCUGAGUGAGACCGUCGUGGAGCACCUGUACAGACAAGGGAUGCUCAGUGUAGCGGAGGAUCUUUGUCAGGAGUCUGGUGUCGUUAUAGAUAUGAGUAUGAAGCAGCCGUUCCUGGAGCUGAACAGAAUCCUGGAAGCUCUGAGGAUGCAGGACCUCCGGCCGGCUCUAGAGUGGGCCGUGACGAACCGGCAGCGCCUCCUGGACCUGAACAGCAGUCUGGAGUUCAAGCUGCACCGCCUGUACUUCAUCAGCCUGCUGGGCGGAGGCAUCAACAACCAGAUGGAGGCGCUGCAGUACGCACGGCACUUCCAGCCCUUCGCCUCGCAGCACCAGAGAGACAUCCAGAUCCUGAUGGGCAGCCUGGUGUACCUGCGCCACGGCAUCGACAACUCUCCGUACCGCAGCCUGCUGGAGACCAACCAGUGGGCCGAGAUCUGCAACAUCUUCACCAGGGACGCCUGCGCCCUGCUGGGCCUCUCGGUGGAGUCCCCACUCAGCGUGAGCUUUGCCUCAGGCUGCAUGGCGUUGCCGGUGCUGAUGAACAUCAAGCAGGUGAUCGAGCAGCGGCAGUGCAGCGGAGUCUGGACGCACAAAGACGAGCUGCCCAUUGAAAUCGACCUGGGGAAGAAGUGCUGGUACCACUCGGUGUUCGCCUGCCCGAUCCUCCGGCAGCAGACGUCGGAGAGCAACCCGCCCAUGAAGCUCAUCUGUGGCCACGUCAUCUCCAGAGACGCCCUCAACAAACUCACCAACGCCGGGAAGUUGAAAUGUCCGUACUGCCCCAUGGAGCAGAACCCGUCACACGCCAAGCAGAUCUACUUUUGAUACCGCACCGCUCCUCACGCUCACGGAUGACGUUCCCUGGAGCUCUUUUGCUUCUCCAGGAACAUUUGCUCUGGCCCCCCCCCUCCCCCUCCCGUCUUCUCGGCCUUUUUAUCGUCGGCAUCGAGGCUUCGUCCCGGCGCUCCUCUGGACCGCCUCGGCCUCCCCCCGCCGCUCACCUCGGACCCUCCUCCGGCGGGGACGGUCCGACUGCAACCUGCAGAAGGGGGCGGAGUCAGCGCCGCUCACACAGAAGCACCUCUGACAGGUUCAUCCAUUGAAACUCAUUUGCCUGCAGAGUUAGAGGCUAAUCUUUCUUAAGUAUGUGAUACUUCAUAGUGGUUUUUUUUUUUCUUCUUUGAGUUGGAUGACGCUUUGUUUUUCUCCUUUGUGACGGAGGCAGUUGAAUGAUGAUGGAUGUGUGGGUACAUGGCUGAGUAAUCACACUCCGGCUCAUGAGAACCCCCGCAGGAGAGCAGCUGUCGGAGGUCUUUUCUGGGUGGAGGGAGGCGUGGAGGCUGCUCCUGAACUCUCCACGGUGGCGUCUCGUGAUGUAAGAACGGCCUCGCCGCGUCACGAGCCUCUUCAUCCAUGGGAUCGGUUUCCCUUUUCUUUUCUUUUCGUGACUGACGCACCAGCAAGAUUCUUCUUCUUCAUCGUCGAAGCUCCUCGUCUUGUUCCAUGUCUGUAUUUAACAAGCGGUGACAAAAAGGAAAAAAUAUAUACGACUGAAAUGUGCUUUGUUUCUAUUUUUCAUUGCAGUGGCUCGUGGAAGGUAGUAAAUUAAACUCACCGGGUCAAUCUGCCCGGCAACAAGAUAAGAUUUGGAGAUUUAAAUUGCCGGUGGCUGUGCGAUCAGCUUUACUCGUCGUGGCUGCUUUUUUAAUAUAUUAUACUUCAGACCAACGCCUCUGCUGCGUAGCUUUUAUUUGAGGUUCAAGUCGGAAUAGAAACAUCACAUACACACAUUUCCUCAGGGCUCAUUGGGACACUUCAUAUCACAUUGUGCAGUUAUUAUUACAGUUGUACAUUUCUAUAAGAAGUCUUGAACAAACGCGACACGUAUUUCACGCUUUGGGUUUAUUGGAGUUUGUAGAUAUCAGCGUCCGGCUGUAGCGUGCAGUAUGUUAGAGGACUAAAGAUAUAACGUGUGAAGGUUGUCUCAUCUGAGGCUCGUUUGUUCAGCAGCUGAACUCACCGAUGAUGCAACGUCACGAUGUUUGAUCCUUCAAUGUUUUGUGUCGCCGCGUCUCUCGUCCCCUCAGCGCUGCAGACGCCUGUCGGUCGUCUUGUUGAAUGUUUCCCUUUAUUUGCUUCUUUUUUCUCUCUCAUUGUAAAUAUAUUUACCCUCUAAACAUGUUUCAUAUACUUGCAUCUGAAAUAAAAAUAAUAUACAUGUA